CUAGUAACAAAUCUUGCAUUUGAUUCGAGGACCAAAGACAUCUCUCUCUCUCUCUCUCUCUCUCUUCGUUGAACAGGGCGGAUGAUCAAAUCGCGCAACAUUUCGCCACAUUUGAGAGAUCAAAGCCAACAAGAACACGAAUUCUCAGCCUUCUUUAGCGAUUCCGAUCGCGGACUCUAUGCUGGCACGUAGGGGCCUUUCCACAUCCGAUCUUUCAGCUUCCGGUACCUGAUCUCUGCCUCUCUGAUUCGUUCUCCUGCGGCCCUCGCGAUUUGUUAGCGUGCUCUUUUGCUUGGAGGCGGUGUGGGCUGGGAAUCUGUUCUGGCCGGCGCCGCCACGGUGACGCCGCAGCGGUGAGGGCCGGCGGCAAGUCGCAGCUGGCGCAGUGGCCACGAUGCAGAUUAGGUUUUCGCCUAGCAUGAGAAGCAUAACGAUAUCGAGCAGCAAUGGGUUUCUGGACUUGAUGAAGGUGAAGGUCGCGGCUCGUCAUUUCUCCUACCGGACCCUUUUCCACACCAUUCUCAUCCUCGCAUUUCUUUUGCCAUUUGUCUUCAUUCUCACCGCCCUCGUCACCCUCGAGGGCGUCAACAAGUGCUCCUCCUUGGAUUGUCUGGGAAGACGACUGGGUCCAAAGUUUCUUGGUCGAGGAGGUGAUGGUUCUGAGAAACUUGUUAAAGAUCUGUACAAGUUACUUGACCAAAUAAACUCUGAGGAAAUUCCAGCUGGAUUAAAAGUGCCAGAGUCUUUCAGUGAGUUUCUUUCAGACAUGAAGAAUAACCAGGAUGAUGCCAAGACAUUUGCUAUAAGCUUGAAGGCAACGAUGGAAAGCAUGGACAGGGAGUUGAAAAGAUCUCGACUAGCAGAGCAACUGCACAAACACUAUGCAGCAACGUCUAUUCCAAAAGGCUUGCAUUGUCUCUCAUUACGACUUACUGAUGAAUAUUCAUCCAAUGCACAAGCACGUAAACAGUUGCCAUCACCUGAGUUGCUACCUCUGCUUGCAGAUAAUUCAUACCAUCAUUUUGUCGUAGCCACUGAUAACAUUCUUGCAGCCUCUGUAGUGGUCAACUCAGUUGUUACAUCUUCACUAAAUCCGGAAAGAGUAGUCUUCCAUGUCAUAACUGACAAAAAGACCUAUCCUGGAAUGCAUUCAUGGUUUGCAUUGAAUCCUCUUGCCUCUGCUAUUGUUGAAGUGAAAGGUGUCCAUCAGUUUGGCUGGUUAACGAGAGAAAAUGUGCCUGUUCUUGAAGCUAUUGAGAAUCACAAUGGUGUCAGAAAUCACUAUCAUGGGAAUCAUAUCACAGGAGCUGAUGUCACUGAUACUCCGAGGAUUUUUGCAUCUAAAUUGCAGGCUAGGAGUCCUAAAUAUAUUUCUCUGCUCAACCAUUUGCGCAUAUACCUGCCUGAGUUAUUCCCCAAUCUCAACAAGGUGGUGUUUCUAGAUGAUGACAUUGUUGUUCAGCGUGACUUGUCACCAUUAUGGGAAAUUGAUCUUUCUGGGAAAGUAAAUGGUGCUGUCCUAACUUGCAAAGGUGAAGAUUCAUGGGUGAUGGGUAAAAGGUUUAGGACAUAUUUCAACUUCUCGCAUCCCCUCAUUGCUAAUAAAUUGGAUCCUGAUGAAUGUGCUUGGGCAUAUGGGAUGAAUAUUUUUGACUUGAAUGCCUGGAGGAAGACUAAUAUUCGAGAAACAUACCAUUACUGGGUGAAGGAGAAUCUGAAAUCAAAUAUGACACUAUGGAAGCUGGGGACAUUACCACCAGCUCUAAUUGCAUUCAGAGGUUAUGUGCAUCCUAUAGAAUCAUCCUGGCAUUUGUUAGGUCUGGGCUAUCAGGAGAAGACUGACCUCGACAGCGUGAAGAAGGCUGCUGUGAUCCACUACAACGGGCAGUGCAAGCCUUGGCUGGAGAUUGGAUAUAAGCACUUACAGCCCUUUUGGACGCUGCAUGUAAACUAUUCCAACGACUUCAUCAGGAAUUGCCAUAUCUUGGACCCUCAAUAAUAGUCAAAUAUCUGGACUGCAUGAAAAUUGAGGGAAGAAGUUCUGAAUCUCACCUCAAAGAAAGAACCACUUCGUAAACCAAGAACUCAGUUGCAUAGUGGUGCAGUCAAAAAUGGGAUGCAUCUGGCAAAUUCCUGUUUUGUGACCGACUCUGGAAACUCUGGGAAUUAGAUUCAUUCUAAGGUUAUAAUAAUUAGUAUUGGGCAUUCUAAAGGUAGUUCUGUAUUCUUGCUAUGGAACAAACAGGCUCAAUCUGCUCCUUGUUGCUAGAGGAGGAGCAUCCAGCUGCACGACCAGUAUAUACUGAAGAGAACUUGUUUUGGAGGAUGCGGAUUUUGUGUGGGUGUUUCUUUUUUUCUUUUGAAAAUUUUAUUUUGGCUUUUAUUUAUUAAUUUACUCAAACUUUUUUGCCGGUUCCUCGUUUGACCUCUAAAUUUAGAGGCCAUGGAUGUUUACUUUUUAACAUUCCAACCCCUUUGAAUAUUGGGGAACCCUAGGAAAUGUCUUAAUUCAUACGAUAUUGAAAUGUGCAGUUAAUUCUUUCAGUUUUAAUA